GCCCGUCUUAUCAACGGUCGUACGACCGUUUUUAUCGUACGAUUGUCGUACGUCGAUCGUACGCUUUUGGCGGUGUCUUAUCAAACGUCGCAGAUUUCCUUAAUCUUACGAUUAUCGUAAGAUCAUGCAUUUUUUCUACGAUUGCUAAGUAGCAGUCGCAGAUCAAACAAAAUGGCCGCCGUACUUCUUGUGAAUCGACAAUGCCGAAGGAAAAGCCGGACUUUUAGGCAGCGAAUGGUGCAUUUGGAUUGCCUGAGUGAUCAGGAAGUUGUGGCCCGCUAUCGGCUUGAUAAAGCUGCCAUUUACGAGCUUGAAAGUAUUUGCCGACAAGACCUUUCACCUUUGACAGGCCGGUCUUUUGCUGUUAGCAGCUUGACGAAGGUUCUUAUUGGACUUCGAUACCUGGCAAAAGGAGAUUUUAUAUCAGAAGUUGGAGACAUCCACGGGGUGUCUAAAGCCAGAGCUGCAGUUUACAUUCACCAAUUCAUACGAAGUGUAAACCUUCGAUUAAAGAAUAUUAGAUUUCCAACUGAGAGGUCAAGUUUACAUCAUUUGAAGAGGAAAUUCUAUGAGAAAUGUAGAAUUCCAAACGUAAUCGGAGCAGUAGAUGGAACCCUCAUCCCUAUUCAGGGUCCAUCACAGGAUGAGGCAGCUUAUGUCUGCAGAAAAGGAUUCCAUGCUCUUAAUGUUCAGGCAGUAGUCGAUGCUGAAAUGAGAUUCACAGAUGUUGUCUCAAGGUGGCCUGGUUCACAGCAUGAUGCGGCCAUUUUCAAUGCUUGUGGGUUAAAGACACAUUUAGAACAAAGUAACAAUGGGUUGUUAUUGGGGGAUAGUGGGUAUCCUCUAAGGAGGUACCUCUUGACCCCAAAGGUGAAUCCGACAACACCACAAGAGGAAGCCUUCAAUAAACACCAUAGCAGAGGCAGAGUGGUGGUAGAAAAAGCCUUUGGUAUACUGAAGUCACGUUUCAGAUGCCUACACAAAAGUGGUGGUGUUCUACCAUUUUCACCAGAAAAGAGCAGCCAAGUUGUGGUCGCAUGUAUGAGGCUACAUAACUUUUGUAAAACUAGAGGAGUACAAGAGCCUGUGGAGAUCAUCACACAGGAUGAUGAUGAUGAUGAUAAUAAUUUACCAAAUGGAGAUGACAGAAAUAAUAAUAAUAUUAGACAGGAAUUAAUUAAUUUAUUCUGAAAAAAUGUUUUUAAGACAUAGAAAUUAAAAUAUAAUUACUUGUUCUGGUCAAUUGAAAUAUAACAUUUCACUCAAUUAAAACAAUUACAUCUAUUUUUUUAUCUCAAUUAAGCACCCAUGUAUUACUUAAAGGAAUUACUUUGUAUUUCACAUAAACCAAAAUUAGCACAGUAGUUAACUUAUUGUCAGAGUCAAUGAUACCUUUGAUAAGAAAAAAUGAUAUUUGUAAUGAAUAAUAAACAUUAAAGGGGUUAAGUAGUAAUAUUAAAUAAUAUAAGUAAACUAUACAUGUGAAAGCUAUUCAGUUAAUAAUUUGUUGAAUAUUAAUUUGUGAUUUCAUGAAAUACAUUAAUUCAUUGAAUCAUUGUGAAAAAUAACUACUAAAAUAUAGCUUUCGGAAAUAUCCCCUUGUCUUACAACUAUACGUGUUAAAUAUUAAUAAUUCAAAUACUGCACAUUUUUUAACAUAAUUUUUCAUUGGAAUACAAUGAUGUUUAAAUUUAUGAUUGAAGAAUUUUUUUCCCUAUAAAAAUGUUGUUUGCUAUAUUAUGACUUUGUUACAAAGAUUUCUAAUAAGUUAUAUGGCCAUUUAAAAGAAUUUGUUUGCAAAUUAUAACCCUCACCUAGUCACAAACUAGGUUAUAUAAGCAAACAACCAUUUAAAUGGGGUAAUAUAACCUGUCAAAAUUCUUUUUUAACUAAACAGUAUAACAAGUUUCAUGUUGAUGUCUUUUAUAGCUUUUAAAUCAUUCUAUAUUACAGGCAAUUAUGUAAAUCCAAGGGUAUAUAAUGAGUGUAAAUUUGAUUUAAGUUAUUACCAUCCUAAUGGGCACUAUAAGGAACUAAAAAAUUGACAUCAUAGGUCAAUAAAUAAUAAAUGCUAAAACAAAACCGUCUUAAAUUGACAGACCAAAUUAAAGUAUUAUGCUUAUCCAAGGGUCUAUAAUGAGUGUAAAUAUGAUUUAAGGUAGAACACCCUAAUGGGCACUAUAAUGAACUGUAAAAUUGACAACAUAGCACAGUUAUAUGCCCUAAAUAUCACCUGUAUGCAAAAUUUAAACAAAAUUUACCGUGUGGUUUAUGAGUUAUGGAAAUUUUUCUGAAUAAAACUUUGCCAUUUAGAAGGGCUUUUUUCAGAAAUAAGGAAUCUCUAAAUAAUCUAUAAUAUCAUCAUUAUGAAAAAUGUUUUCCUAUUGCUCAUUGUUAAGAAACAAAAAAUGACAUUUAGGUAACAAAUUAAACAAGCAAAAUGAUUGUUUUUAAACUAUUUUUUUUAAUAUGUAUAAAAAUGUAACCCUACCCCACCCACUUUUAACACUUAUUUGACCAUUUCCAUAUGUAAAAAGCCUUACUUAAAAUAUCCCUUAAAUUUUCCACAAUGAGGGGCUGUUUUCAAAGUUUGCCUAAAUUUUCUUAAAUGUAUAUUGGUUGGUCUUGCAAAAUAUAAAAAACUUUUACCAUGUAGUUUUUAUUUUUUAAAACUUUGAAAAUAUCUGGUAUCAUAUUUGCUAUUAAAUUUGGCAUUAUUUAGUAAAUAGAUACCUACAAUAAUUUAGUUCUGGCUUCCAUAACUUUAUAUGUCGCUUUUAUUUUGACGUUAUGACAGUAAAGAACAGGUCUAGCAAUACCUGUUCGCUGAAGUAUCUUGAGCUAACAAUAAUUAUAUAAUUAAAAUGAAACACUUUAUUCUUCCAUUAGGAAUCUGAUAGAUUAAUAAAAAAGUUUAAAAGAAAAAGAAAAUUGACCCUUCUGGGGAUUGAACCCACGGCCCUCAUUUUCAAUGUAGUU